AGGUAAAAGUUGAGACAUGCCAGAGGAGCGAGGAAAGGAAGACUUGGAGAAGAGUGAAACCUUGCCCUUUAUUGAAAAGCCAUUUGCAAUAUCGGAUAAAGAAAGUAAAUCUGCUCCUGAGAAUGAAACGGACGGAGAAGAUGGUGGAAAAGACACUUACUGCGGUUUCUGGAUAUUCAAGGACCCCUCCAUGCAAAGAUUUGCCACUGAGCAGAUGUACGUUAUUCUAUAUGGACUAGCUGGCUAUGUAAUGGCAAUGACCUUUUCGUACUUUAAUGGGACUAUAACGACCUUGGAGAAGCGCUAUAAGAUACCAACAAAGGUAUCCGGAAUUAUCUCAGUUGGUAACGAUAUCAGUACCAUGCUAACGGCCGCCAUCCUCGGUUAUUAUGCGGGCCAUGGGCAUCGACCUCGCUGGAUGGGAAUAGGGUUGCUUACCAUCGUGGCCUUUUGCCUGCUUACAAGCUCCCUGCAUUUCAUUUAUGGAGCUGGCGAAGAUGCCCUCAAGCUAACCCGAGAAUUCCGACAGGUUAACGAAACCAUGGCCAAGCAGGAGCGGGAUAAGAAGUUGUGCCAAACAACUGCAGGAGGAUGUGUGCAGGAGGAGGUUGGUCUGUGGGUGCCCCAAGUCUUUCUCUUUGCGGCUCAACUAAUCUCGGGAGUGGGUCAGGCUCUGUUCUAUACUCUGGGCAUAGCCUACGACAAUACCAGCAAGGCCAAGACACCUGCCAUGCUGAGCAUGUCUACCUUCCUGAGGAUGCUGGGUCCAGCCAUUGGUUACUCCCUAGCUGCUGUCUGCCUGCGCCUAUACUUUGAGCCCACCUUGGAGCCACUGAUUGGGCAGGAGGAUCCACGCUGGUUGGGCGCCUGGUGGCUGGGCUGGCUGGUUCUGGCUGCAAUUACCUUGGUCUCCGCCAUUCUGCUGUUUAUGUUCCCCAAGCAGCUGCCCAGUGCCAGGAAGAGACGCCUUCAACAGAAACAGGAUGAAAGGAAGCAGUCACUGCCACUGAAUGAGCGAUCCUUUGCCGACAUGAUGAAGACAGUCAAGAAACUCUCGAAAAACAAAGUGUAUAUCUACAACACAAAGGCAUCCAUACUCUACUUCUUUGGCUACAUGGUCUACUGGAUAUUCACUCCCAAGUACAUCGAACCCCAGUAUAGGCAAUCAGCGGCCAUGGCAACCAUGGCAACGGGAACAGUGGCUCUGGGAUUCUCUGCCGCAGGAAUCCUCAUCUCGGGAUACGUGAUCUCCAAGUACAAGCCUAGUGCCAGGGCAAUGGCUGCCUGGAACGCCAUUGUUGACUUUGUGACGGUAGCCGGAAUCCUGUGCUAUGUGGCGAUCGGAUGUGAGGGUAGCGACAGGUUGAAUACCCUAACCACCCUGUCCGCCGGGAACAGCUGCAGUGCGUCCUGUCACUGCGACUACGUGCACUAUGCUCCCGUUUGCAGUGCGGACAACAUCACCUUUAUCUCCGCCUGCCAUGCGGGAUGUUCCGAAAGGACGAAGGAUGCAUUGGGAAGGACCAUUUACACAGGUUGCCAGUGCCUGGGCUCUUCAAGUUUGAACUCUGAACCAGAGUUCCAAUUUGCUGUGGACGGAACCUGUCCAGUCGACUGCUUUAAUGAGUUCCUAAUCUUUCUGGGUGUAAUGUGCUUCCUUAAACUCGUGGGCGCAUCUAGUAAAUCGACGAACCUGCUCCUCGCCCUGCGCUGCAUGCCUCCAGAUGAGAAGACCUUCGCCCUGGGAUUGGGUUCCAUGGCGGCUUCUCUGCUGGGCUUCAUUCCCAGUCCGAUUUUCUUCGGCUGGCUGAUAGACAAUUACUGUUUGGUGUGGGGCAAGACCUGCUCCAACAAGGGAAACUGUUGGCUCUAUGACACAAAGUCAAUGAGAUAUGCUUUAAAUCUUUCGGCGGCAUUUUUCAUAUUUUGUUUCUUGAAUAUUGCAGUGUGGUAUCACGCAAAGAAUCUCAAAAUUUUCGAUGAAGAGGAGUCACCCAAAGACAGUUUAAAAAACAAGGAGGUUGAAAUGAAAACAAUCGAUUCAAACCCCGAGGAGAAUUAAUAUGAAAUUAUUUGUUACGCAAAAUAAACGAGCUUAGAGUAAAGCUUCAAUAUAUCA